CGAAAAGAAGAGAAGAAAAAAAAAUUCAAGCCGAAAAAGAGAAAUCCUCGCCGCCGUCCCUCACGGCGACGGCCACCGCGACCCCGACCCUGACGACGACGGCGCCCACCAUGUCGGCGUGCGGCCCCGUCCCCACGCUGCGGCCCGACGAGCGGGCCGACCUCCUCUCCCUGCUCGCCGCCGCGGCACGCCCGCUCGCCGACGUCGUCUCCGACUUCCUCGCGCGGUUCCCCCGCGAGCGCCGCCUCCGCGUCGGCGGAGCGCUCUGCUUCCUCCUCGAGGACAAGAAGAUGUUCCAUCCUACUGGUCGUUUAAUUGCAUUUGCAAUUCUUCAUCAGAGCUAUUCCCCACAGACAGCGAAUCCAUACAUUCCUAUGUUGUUAAAUGGAGCCUGCGAUGAAGCAUCGGAUAGAUCAGAACGGGCAUUUGUCCAACAAUUAUUGACUUCACCUGGUGGAGACAAUAAUAAUGAGGUCCUGAAUCAGUCAGCUGUAGAUUACUUAAAUGGGUCUGUUUCAGCAUCUCAGGUCUUGUUGCCACGGGAACAACUUGAGAAGCAAUAUUGCAGUAACGGUGUACAAUCUCAGCCUCAGAUUAGUAGUUUCAGACCUGCUGCUGUUAGAAGUGUUAUACCAGAUCCAGAUGUGCCUCAAAGUUGUGCAAAUUCAUCGGAGUCUGCGAUAUCAUUACCUGGAAGCAAACAGAAAUCUGCUUCUGAUGAUAGAGAUUCUGCUCUUGCUGGUUUACUCCAAGAAAAAUUGGGGGGGAGGUUGGGUCCUCAGUGGAUUCGGCCAACACCCCCAAGACUUCCUGUACUAGACGGGGAGCUACAAUGGCUGAACCCUGACAAUAACCACGAGCUAUUAUGGGACUAUAGCAUGUGUGCUGAUACGAGUCGAGGGGCUGCUAUCCGAGAUUUGAUUGCAAGAGCCGUAAAAGGUCCACUUGCACCUGCCCAACAGGAGGUUCACUGCUACAUUCUAAUAUUUCUUCCAGAUAACAAUGGGCGCUUUACUAAAUUCUUAUUGCAGCAAUUCAUAAUAGAAAUGGCCAGGGAUCCUAAACUGGUUUAUUACUGCGGGAUGACUCCACAGAAGCUCCCUGAUCUUGUUGAACACAAUCCCCUCAUUGCUGUUGAGGUUCUUUCGAAGUUAAUUAACUCUCCUGACAUUUCAGGUUACUUUGCUGGUCUUGUGCAUAUGGACAUGAGCCUGCAUUCUAUGGAAGUUGUGAACAGGCUUACUACUGCUGUUGAUCUUCCAACGGAGUUUGUCCACGAGUACAUCACAAAUUGUAUCCAGUCAUGUCAAAACAUUAAGGAUAAGUACAUGCAAAACAGAUUGGUGAGACUAGUUUGUGUUUUCCUGCAGAGCCUUAUCCAAAACAAGAUUAUAAAUGUUCAAGAUCUUUUCAUUGAGGUACAAGUAUUCUGUAUUGAAUUUUCACGGAUAAGGGAAGCAGCUGGUUUAUUCCGGUUACUCAAAUCUUUGGAGUGAAGGAAUUAUAGGCUGGUUGUAUCGUCAUCGAAUGUUUGAACUUUUCUUGUUCUGGAUAGUUCUAUGGCCACUCUGGGUGUUCAAGAUCACUUGGUACAUUACACGCAUCAUUUUCUUGUGGAAUCCGUGGCACCCUUACUAAUUCCCGAGCAUACCUUGAAAGAGUGGCUAAAGAGUAUGCGAAGACGAGUCAAUCUGUCGGAUAACAUGUGGUACCAAUUGUUGGCCCAAGUUUAGAUCAGUCUGUACUUAGCAGGCUCGUUUGUACGGUAACGAAUAAUACCUGCACGCUCUGUUCAAUAUUCUGUAAUUUCAGUGCAACCAAAACAAUCCGCAAUCUGUUUUCUUGUAGUCUGUCGGUGUGUUUGCUUGGUGCGCGAUGGUUGGAUAUAUAUUUUUCAGAAUUGGUUUUCCAUUCUGUGUA